UCUCGGGCUCCGCCUCCCGGGGAACUUCCGGCGCCGCGGAACUGCGGGGAGGCCGGUGAGGUUGCGGGCGGACCGUCCCCAGCUGGCGGAGCGCGGCCCCAUGAGCGCGGCGCCCCUGGUGGGCUACAGCAGCAGCGGCUCGGAAGAUGAAGCUGACGCCGCGCCGCCGUCCAGCCCCGGGGCCGGGGGCCGCGGAUGCGGCCGGAGCCCCCUUCCCAAGGAGAGAUUCCCAGUGCCCGAGAGCGUGCUGAGCAUGUUCCCAGGCGCUGAGGAGGGGCCUCAGGACGACCGGGCAAAGCACGGCGGGCGAAUCCGUAGCUUCCCCCACGAGCGGGGUAACUGGGCCACCCACGUCUACAUCCCCUAUGAGGCCGGAGAGGCAUUUCUCGAUCUGCUGGAUACAUUGCUGCACCACGCGCAGGUGCAUGUGCCACGACUGGUGGCCAUGGAGGCCUUCCACCUGAGCCUGUCGCAGAGUGUAGUCCUGCGCCACCACUGGAUCCUCCCCUUCGUGCAGGCGCUGAAGGAGCGCUUGGCCUGCUGCCAGCAAUUCUUCUUUACUGCCAACCAAGUAAAGAUUUAUACCAAUCAAGAGAAAACCAGGACCUUUGUAGGACUUGAGGUCACCUCAGGCCACACCCAGCUCCUGCACCUGGUAUCCGAGGUGGACAGAGUCCUGGAGGAGUUCGACCUCACCACUUUCUACCAGGACCCUUCCUUCCACAUCAGUCUGGCCUGGUGUGUGGGUGAUGCUCGCGUGCAGCUGGAAGGGCAGUGCCUACAAGAAUUACAGGAGAUCGUGGAUGAGUUUGAAGAUGCGGAGAUGCUGCUGCGGGUGCUCGCUGAGCAGGUCCGCUGCAAGUCUGGGAACAAGUUCUUCUCCAUGCCUUUGAAGUGAACCGCAGGGUCCGUCCAAGUCCAAGUCCCAGCCCCUCUGCAGAGCAGCAGAAGCAAAAGAGCCAGCAGCGUUCUCUCGGCCUCCCACUAGGAGGCGGUCGUCACCUUCCAGCCUGGCAAGAAGAGUAACCUAUGGGAGUCGGAUCCUCUCCUCGUCUUUUGGGUACAGGUUGGAUGCAGUGUAAUGUGGUCAUUUUCAGAAACCACCAGUAGAGGGUACCCUGAGCAUCCCAAUUCUUGCUCUGUGGCUAAUACCAAAAAAAAAAGUGGUGGGGAGCGGUGGAGGUCGCCCGAUUAUCCCACCCACACUCUGUCAGAAUCCCCAGGGUAGCUCCUCCAGGGAGCGGCCCUCCCAGCUUCUCCCACCCCUCCUGCAUCUGGAGGCUGUUGGCCUCACACCAGGACUUUGCAAGCUAUCAAGCUCAGCUCAUCCCUGGACAAGCCCAGCUCCCAGGCCCUAGGGCGGGUAAAUCAGCCUUCUUCCUUGAAGUCUGUAUUUGUUUACUUCUAAUCUAACUGCUAUGCCCUCAGGGGCAGUGGUACAGGGUGCUAAAGUGCAGCUCAGUAUCCAUUUUCUCCACUCCUCCCUCCCACUCGCCCCCAGCCAGGUGCCUGGGAAAGUGAGCAGAUGUUCAUGCUGGCCCGGCCGUGGCCAGGAGCCAGCCUGCCAACGUUGCUUGACCUCAGCUUCCCCCUCCGCUCUCCCAAAGCAGCCAUGAGGCACCUUCCCCCAUCAGUGUUGCCCUGCCCGUGGCCUCAGGGGUCUGAGGGACAGGUGGAGAGGGGACCAGGUAGCAAUGGAACCCUCACCAGGGCAAAGCUCUGGUCCUCCCCAGUCAUCGUCUGGACUUCCCGUGCUGGAUGAAGAAGUGGUUUUAUGUUGUAAUUUCAAAGUUUGUUCAACCAAUUAAAAAAUCACAAUUUUUUUAAAAACUUU